UACUACUCUACACGACCUCGCUCUGUAGCUUUCCUUGCAACCGCUCGACGCGACCUCUCCACGACUGCCGGCCAGCCCUACUCCACAGAAUCAUCACCUUCACCGAUACCCAGUCCGCACGAUGGCUCUCCUCUCCACCAAGUCUCUGGCUGGCCCAGGAUACAUCAUCCUUAAUGUCAUCCGCGCCUUGAACAUCAUUGCCCUCGCCGCUGUGGUUACAGGCAGCUUCGUCAUGCUUGUCAAGACGUUUGUGGUCUCCAAGUUCUUCUUCUUCGAUGCCGUCAGCCAUGUCAUCACAGCCCUCACAAGCAUGUUCCUCAUCGUCUCCGAGUGCUCGCUCUUUCGCAGCUUCUACGCUCGUAACUGGCCACUGCUUAGCCCAGCCCACGGCUUCGUUGCUCUCGGCUGCGCCAUGAUCGUCCUUGGUCUCAACAUCCUCGGAAACAUGAACAAGGAGGCUACCAGCCAGGACUCGUUGGGCCUGCCCUUCUGGCGCCUGGUCCUUGCAUCUGGCAUCCUUUGCUUGGUCAUUGGCUUCUUCAACGUCGUCGCCAGCUACGUCUUCCGCGACUCCAGCCGCGGCAUCACAGCCCGUCGCGUCCGCUCCCACGGUGCUGUCGCCCUCACCGACGCCGAAUCAGCCCCAAGCAUCGGCAAUGGCAAAUCCCUCAGCAUCAACACGCACACCACCGGCUCCUCGUCCUCGGGCACGCUGCACCACAUCGAGCUGACCUCACCCACCAACGUCAAGGAACCCCACCGGACCUUCUCCCCAGCCCGCACCUUCCGCAACGCCCGCAACUCCAUCCUCCCAUCCUACCACAGCUCAUCGCCGCUGCGCGUCUUCCACUCAUCCUCUAAUUCAACUGAUACGUCGCCGUCGAAGAAGAGCAAGCGAGGCAGCACCGGCCCGCGGGUCCCGAUCAAUAUCUCGGCGCCGCUGAAUGUGAAUCCGCAGUUUGCGCAUUUGGUCCGACCUGACAUGGCACACCACCCCUCUCAUAGGAGCCCGGUUGAUCGUUCGGAGACUGGAUUAGGGUUCUAAGUAAAAGAAGCCUCACUAUGGAACACAACGUUCUAAGAUCCUACCUACUAACUCACCCGUCGAGAUGAUAUGAUUCUGUGGCAGUGUGGUUCGGCUCGGCGGUUAUGACUCUUCAUUCCUUUCUGAAUGCUCUUGCAUUACUUCUUGACUUUCUUUACGACCUUUCUUUUCUUCUUGAUGGCUGCACGCUGCUACGACGGGGGGUGUCGCAGUCGUAGGGUAUAUAUGGCGCUAGUAGGAUCCGGGGUGCGGGUGGGAUUUGCCACUCUUUUGAUGAGUAUGAUUCGAUACCAGAGAUUGAUUGAAUUGGGCUGGACGGUCUUUUCUGAUCACGAGUGAUCUGAAGUGGAGUGGAUUGAGAGGUUGGGUAGGAUAUGGGUACAGUUACGACGACAUGGAGUUG